ACGCUCUACCCCACAUCCCGGGGGUAAAGGUGAGAAAUCGCUUCGAGCCCUCGUCGACGAAAUUUCGCCCACACAAUUUCGUCGCAAUAAUUUCACCUCCAUCUUUUCGCCAAUUCCUCGACCUCCCGCCCGUUCCAAGGCCGCUACCCAGUCGCACUCACCGCUAAGUCAAGAUGCCUCGGGAAAUCGCUGAUAUCAAGAAGUUCAUCGAGAUCUGCCGGCGGAAGGACGCUGAGUCCGCCCGGAUCAAGAAGAACAAGAAACCGGCCCAGACCAAGUUCAAGGUCCGGUGCAAGCGCAACCUCUACACCCUCAUCCUCAAGGACUCGGACAAGGCCGAGAAGCUGAAGCAAAGCUUGCCCCCAAACUUGCAAAUCAAGGAGGUGCCUAAGAAAAACAAGAAGGGCAAGCACACGGCGUAAGCCGGGUUCGAUCGUCCGGGGGGAGGAGACAGCAGCGGCCGGUCGCCGCUGAGAGGAUACUACCGGAGGCCUGCGGCGAUGGGAGGCGGUAAAGCAUCUGCGGACGUGGUCAUCGGAAGCCGAUGACCCGGCGCGUAUUUUUCCGGCGCUGGGUUGGUAUGUUCAUGAGGCGGCGUCUACGGAUAUCUUCCGAAUUGAUAUUCUCAAGCACGAAAGAGGCUUGUAGGCAAUUCACACGCACACACAUCAAUUGCACAAAAGAUUUUUGACGA